UCUCUCUCUCUUCUCUCUUUCUUUCUCAGUGAAGUAUAUGCGAAGCCGAAAGAAACUUCUUCUCUGCAACUCUUCGCCGGAACCCUAAUCGCCGAAACCUGAACGGAGAUCGCUCCACGUCCGGCCACCGGCGAGAAGAUGGACGUCGAUCAGUCUGAUUCGCAGAAGCCUCAGACUUUGCAAUCCCUAGCCAGUGGUUCUCUCGGUUCGUCUCUGUCGAGGCUCUCGGGCUCUUCCCGGGGCAUUCCAGCCGACAAAGACUUCCACUUCUAUUACAACUUCGACGAAUUCAAAAUCCCUAUACGGAGCAUCGAGCGGCAAUCUCAGUCGAUGCUCGAGACCAUUGGCUCGUCCGCCGGAGUGUGGGGCAAGGAAAUGGCUUUCCCCGAGGAUACCGACGACGCGUAUGAUUGGUUGGUCAAUGUCAAUGAUGAAAUAUUUGAGCGGUUUGAUGUGUCGCUGGACGAGUUCCAGAGGAUUCGGAAGGAGGAGGAGGAGGAGGAGAGUGGGAGGGCAGUGGCUUUGACGACGGCAGACCCGGAUGAUGGGUUUCAGUUGGUGUGUGGGAAGAAAAAGAAGAUGCCGAGUCAUGGAGAUGAUUUGCAUGAUUCGAGUUUGGAGUCGAGUGUGAAGGUUGCUACCAAGGAUAGGAAAACUAUGGGGGUGAAGCCGAAAGUUCCAUUUCAUAUACCCACUAUUCGUAGGCCGCAGGAUGAGUUCAAUAUUUUGGUUAAUAAUUCAAACCAGCCUUUCGAGCACGUUUGGUUGCAAAGGAGUGAAGAUGGUUCCAGGUUUAUACAUCCACUGGAGAAGUUAUCUGUAUUGGACUUUGUUGAUAAGAUUGAUGAAGAUUUUCAACCUGCUUAUCCACCAUCUUUGGAGUCUACUCCUUUCAAAUUCAUUGAGGAAGUCAAUGACUUGAAAGAUCUGGCAUCUAAAUUGCGGGGGGUGAAUGAAUUUGCGGUUGAUCUGGAACAUAAUCAGUAUCGAUCUUUUCAAGGACUUACCUGUCUGAUGCAAAUAUCUACAAGAACUGAAGAUUUUGUUGUAGAUACAUUGAAGCUCAGAAUUCAUGUGGGGCCCUAUCUGAGAGAGGUUUUCAAGGAUCCUUCCAAGAAAAAGGUGCUGCAUGGAGCAGAUCGAGACAUUGUGUGGCUUCAACGGGAUUUCGGGAUUUAUAUUUGCAACUUAUUUGACACUGGGCAGGCUUCAAGAGUAUUGAAACUAGAAAGAAAUAGUCUGGAGUAUCUCCUUCAUCACUAUUGUGGAGUUGCAGCUAAUAAAGAAUACCAAAAUGCAGACUGGAGAUUAAGACCUCUUCCCGAGGAGAUGCUGAGAUAUGCUAGGGAAGAUACACAUUAUUUGCUGUAUAUUUAUGAUUUGAUGAAGAUGAAACUGUCCUCGAUGCCCCGUGAAUCUGAAGAAUCUGACUUUCCUUUGGUAGAGGUCUACAAGCGGAGUUAUGAUGUAUGCCUGCAUCUUUAUGAGAAGGAGCUGUUGACUGAAAGUUCAUAUCUUUAUGUAUAUGGAUUGCAGGGUUCUGGUUUCAACGCUCAACAACUUGCUGUUGCUGCAGGUCUCUUUGAGUGGCGAGAUAUUGUUGCUCGUUCAGAGGAUGAAAGUACUGGUUACAUACUGCCAAACAAAACGCUUCUGGAAAUCGCCAAGCAGAUGCCUGUCAACGUAAGCAAAUUACGUCGAAUACUGAAAUCAAAGCACCCAUAUCUUGAGCGCAAUCUUGCUUCAAUUGUUGACAUCAUUAGGCAUUCUAUGCUAAAUGCUUGUGCCUUUGAAGAGGUUGUAGAGCGCUUGAAGGAAGCCCGUACAGAGGCGUUGGCGACAUUGGAAGAAAAUGCAUCAACUAAUGAACAACGAGAGACUAUUGUACCCGAUACUUCGAAUUUGAGGCACACAAUUCCGAUUAUGAAGGAUGGUGCUGUUGAUAAAUCUGCCAAUGAUCGAAUCUGUUCACCCUCUUCUCAGUCUAAAGUUGCACCCUUGGAACAUGGAUACCGGCCAUUUGAACCUGGAAAAUGUAUUAAGGUGGACCAUUCCCUGCAUCCUGCUAUGAACGGGAGUAGACAGGUCUCUCAAGUGGGCCCAACAACUUCAGAGCCGAGCAGACACUUGAACGGCGAUAAAUAUCCAGUAGCACAGGUUACUGGAGUGAACAUUUCGUUACAAAAGAAGAGUAAUCGAGGUGGUCUGGGGGCGCUACUGGGAAACUCGGCCCCGAAGAGAAAAUUAGAUACCGAUAAGAAGGAUAAGGAAGAGAACAAGUUGGAUAAAAUUAGGUCCUCCGUGGCUCUACCCUUCCAUUCGUUCUCGGGAACAAGUGAGCAGUUGAAGCCUGUUACAGAACCGACCAUGACUGCAUUAAAAACUCAAAAUUCUGAAGCACCUGCUGCCGAGUCAGCGAAAAGCUCGAAGGUAGAACCUCCUGCCAUACCAGUUGCAAAGCCCUGCUCGGAUGGGAUUAUUAUGUUGGAAGACGAUUCAGAUGACGAAGAAGAAUCCCAUCCUGUAGCAGAAACCGCUGAUGAGCAAAAGUUGAAAGGUUUUAGUGCUAGUUCACCUCUUGAAAUUGACGACGACGACGACGAGCCAAUGUCUCUGUCUGAAUUGUCCUCUAGCUUUCAGAAAUGUUUGAAUUCAAAUGAACAAGCUAUGGACAUUGGAGGAACUGGCAAUUCAGGAAAACAAAGUGGCUUUUUGCAGCUCGAACCAUUCAACUAUGAAGCAGCAAGGAAACAAGUAGUAUUCGGAGAAGACCUAGAGGAAGACGACUCGAGACCUGAGGAUGACAAAGACCCAAAGCCAUCAAAGAACGCUGGGGCAAAGUUAGGUUUAGGUCUAGAUAGAGUUCAAAAGAACAGUGGCACCAUGGAAUUACCACAGGGCAAACGACGCCAUGCCUUCCCCGCAACUGGAAAUCGAAGUGCAACUUUCCGCUAAAUCGAUGUAAGUGAUUUUUUUCCCUCUGUAAAAUACAGACAUCACUGGUAUGGUAUGAUAUUACUAGUCAAAAAGAUUUCUCAAGUAUUAAAAGGAAAGAAGUAUUAAGGUAGUAGUGUUUGUUGAAAGAGUAAGUUUGCUUCUUGUUUUCAAUUUGGUGUUGGGGGUACAAAUCUAGAAUGGUCUCCUAAAUCACUUUUGCCUUCCCAAAUUAUAAUUAAGAGUAAUUGUGAGUA